AUGAACUUCGACUUGCCGUCCGAUCUGACCCAGUUCCUUGGAAGUCUUGAUUCCUUCAUUGAUACGGAGAUCCUCCCCCUUCAGAACUCAAAUGACAACAACCGCUUCUUCGACCACCGCCGGGAAUUUUCUCGAACCGAUUGGAGCAAGGGCGGACUUCCGACGAUAGAAUGGGAGGCUCUUCUGACGGAAGCUCGGUCCGUCGCAGACAAGGCGGGCUUCUAUCGCUUUGCCCUCCCCGGUAUCUACGGCGGAAAAUCCCACCCCCAAACUAACCUGUGGAUGACAGCCAUCCGGUACCAUCUUGCGUCUCAUCCAAUCUACGGCGGCGGUCUGGGAUUAGCAAAUGACCUACAGAACGAACAUAGCGUGGUGGGUAAUUUUCCCGAUAUCUUAAUGAUCCACCACUUUGGGUCGGAAGACCAACGUCAAGAACUCAUUCCUCUACGCCUCGAGGGCAAAUUCCGAGCUACGUUCGGACUCACUGAACCUGAUCAUGGAAGCGAUGCUACGUUCAUGGAAACGGUCGCAAUUCAGGUCCCGGGCGGAUUUGAGAUCUCCGGAGCGAAAAAAUGGCAGACAGGUGCACAUCAUUGCACGCAUUUCGUCAUUUUUGCGAGGACUUCUGGCACGCCGGGCUCUAGUCGGGGGAUAACGGCGUUCCUUGUUCCUCGGGAGGCGAAGGGAACGAAGGUGGUAAGUUACGAAUGGACGAUGAAUAUGCCGACCGAUCAUGCGACCGUGACUCUAGAUCGGGUUUUCACGCCAGCCGAGGCUGUGCUGGGGAAUGUGGGCGAGGGAUUGGCGAUCGCGCAGACAUUUGUGCAUGAAAAUCGUCUGCGACAGGCGGCUAGUUCAUGCGGUGCAGCGAGAUUCUGCCUGGAACGGGGCAUUGAUCGCGCGAAAAACAGGAAAAUUUGGGGCGCAAAGAGUCUCUCCGAAAACCAAGGCAUUCAGUUUCCAGUCGUUGAGUUGGUGAUGCAGGUCGAGAUGCUCCGACUGCUGAUUCUGAAGACUAGCGUGGAUAUGGAUCGGGUAGCUGGGGAAGCGGAGAGGGAGGGGAGGAAGCCUUGGGUGGAGAUCGAGAAGAAGCUGAGCGAUAAGGUCGCAAUGGCUGUUGAAGAAGGCGGUGCUAACGGGAGCAGAUCCACGGGGGAGAUGGAUACUCGCGCCAUUAUCCAUUUGAGCACAUUUAUCGGCAUUUUAGACGGUAUCGAAUUACGGAGGGGUCAGAAGAAAUCCAGAUGA